CAUUUCACUUCGGGAGCGUAGGUUUCGUUGAGCACGGAGCGAACUUGUUUAUUUGACAAAAGUUGAACGUUAAAUGAGGAAACUGCUCGAACAAGAGCUCUUUUUAUGCGCUUGCCAACCCUUGUUUUCUCUCAUCUUAAGAGCAAGAGGGAAUGCGUGGAUGAAAAAGUAGAAAUAGGGACGUUGAGCUCGAAAACGCUCAUUCGUGAUCGUCAAUUUGAAGUGAACAUCGUGAACGUACAAUCCUGUGCUCAUCAUGACUGGAAGAGGAAAGGGAGGAAAAGGUCUGCGUAAAGGAGGAGCCAAGCGUCACCGAAAAGUGCUGCGGGAUAACAUCCAGGGCAUUACCAAGCCCGCCAUCCGCCGUUUGGCUCGGCGCGGAGGAGUGAAACGUAUCUCCGGCCUCAUCUACGAGGAAACCCGUGGCGUCCUGAAAGUAUUUCUGGAGAAUGUGAUUCGUGAUGCGGUCACUUACACUGAACACGCCAAGCGUAAGACCGUCACCGCUAUGGAUGUGGUGUAUGCUCUGAAGCGUCAGGGCCGCACUCUGUACGGUUUUGGAGGUUAAAUUUAUCUCUAUAAAACUUCCAUGUGGAGUCUCAAAUCAAACGGUCCUUUUCAGGACCACAAUACAUUACUCAAGAGCUGUGUCUUUCGCAACAUUAAAAUGUUUUAUUUGAGAGAAAAAAUGUCUAUGAUGGCUUCGAAUGGUGUGCGUAUAACAUUUUACUCGCAUAACAAGCACUCACACUGCUGUAUAUUCAGUGCAUUUACAUGAGAUGGCGUUUUGUAAAUGUGCCUUUUAAACGUAUGUGCAUGCGUUUGAAGCGUACAUAAAAGCGACGAUUGAAGUGUUUGUUAAAAUAUUGAAUUUUUAUUUACUUAUUAAUUUAUUAAUUUAUUUUAUAGUGUCGAAUUAAAAUUAUUUUAUUCUUCAGGGCAAGCCGCUCAUCCUCUUGAAGCAAUAAUCGCCGCUACACAUGCGCUUCGUUCAUUGAUACUUGUGAUAAUUAUUCAAAAGAAGGAUUGGGCGAAAAAAGCUACACCGUUUUCAUGAGGUUUGUGAGUUUAUUAUAACAGCUAACGGUGCCAAUGCUGCCUUUGACUCCGUAAAUCACUCAACGCUAAUUUCAAAACUAUCAAGCUACGGAAUAAAUAGGGCGCUUGUUCAUUGGCUCUCCUGUAAUUUAAGUGUAAGACAAAUUACAGUGAAUAUUUCAUCCGGGGUUCCACAAGGCAGUAUUCUAGGCCCUAUUCUUUUUAUCAUUUUCAUAAAUGAUGUUAUUUACGUUAUACCAGAUUGCGAAAAAUUGUUUUAUCCAAAUGAUAUGAAAAUGUUCCUACCGGUAUCAGAUCAAACCGAUUGUUUAACUCUUCAAAACUGUUUAAUUCGAUUUAACUCAUACCCACCAAAUACUUUCUGCAAGAAAUGCUAUCAGGGUGCUAUGAACAUGAAGAAAUUAACUCCACCUCCAAAAUCUAUGCUGUUAACUGAAUGCUAUAUAUUUUCUUGGGAUACUGACUUCAUUUGGUAUACUGAAUUAGCGAUGCUCCGCUAGCGAUGCUUACAUUUUGGUUUGUACAUUUGGUAAUUGUUCCCCAGCUUCCGUUAUCAUUAAAAUGUUUCCCAGUUAUUAUCCAGGACAAACACCCUGGGAGCUCAUAGAUCGCAUAAUGAAUUAUUUUGGAAAAGUAACGCUCAGCCCUCUACGUUACGCUAGCGUUACAAGUAACGUCUGUCUAGCGCAAA